AUGAUUAAAGAUACUAGAGAAUCACUUCUUCAAAAGAAUGUAGGUGUUCAUAAAAAAUUAAAUUUUGCUUUAUAGGUUGAAGUAACUCCAAAAGGAGACUUCUAACUUAAUAAUGAUGAUUUUCCUCACCCUCAAGAUGAAUAAUUGCAGGUCUAUCAGAAAUAAUUAGAAAAAUAAUUUACUAUUCCAGAAAUAAUGGAAAAAGCUUCAGCGCUUGAGCAGCAUUUAGUCUAAGAAUUUCCUUUUGACAGUAAUAAAUCAAGAGCUUAGAUAGGAAGAGACUCUAAUCUAGUUUAUGCAUCAGAGGAUCUAUCUCUGAUUUAAUUUUGGUCUUUGAAUGGUCGCAAAGAUGUAAAUAAAAUUACAAUUUAACAAAAAGUAAAUGAAAUACAAACUACAGAUUACUUCAUUAUUGCUUAAGUCACUCUAGAAGAGGUUGAUGCUUAUUUUAUAUACGAUGCCUUCUCUUUGAAAUUUGUAGGUUAAGCAAAAUCUGGUAAUAGUAUAAUGAAAGAUGCCAAAUCAACUAAAGAUCUUCUAAUAAUAUCAGACUCUAAUGGUAUGAUCAAUACCAUCACUAUCAAUAAUAAAUCUAGUAUCACCUAGUAAGUUUUUAAAAAUGAAGAUGAAAAUGUGAUGGAACUAUACCAAUACAUUUCAAUAUCAACUGAUGGUAAAAUGUUCACAGUUUUUGAAUAAAUAUCAAGUUCAAUUGCAGUGUUCAGUGUAAAUCCACUAAUAUAAAUAUGGAAAAAAGAAAUGCCAAAACCUGAAAAAAAUGAAGAUGUAUCUAAAUACAUUAUCAUUUCUAACGACAAUCUUUAUGUUGCAUUAAGAAAUAUGGUUAGGAAGGGAGUAGAUUACUAUUCAAUGACUGAUUCAACAAUUAUACUAAGCAUUGAGUCAAUGCAUGUCAACCCAAUAAACCAAAUUCUAUAUUGGAAUAAUGGAAAAUCUAUGAUAUCUUGUAGCAAAGAUAAGAAAAUAAAAAUAUGGAGUUUGACAACUUGUGAUCUCGAACAUUCAUUUCCACCAUAGCACUAAGGUUCUGUAGAGUCCAUUAUACUUUCUUAAAAUUAAAAAGUUUUAUUCUCAGGCUCACUUGAUUAAACAGUUGGGGUUUGGUGCUUGUAAAACUUUCAGCUACUUGCUAUUUUGAAUGCUACCAUAAAGAUCGUUUAACUGAAUUUCACUGACGAUUAGAGUUUUUUGAUUGCAAAAAAUGACGAUCAUGAUAAAAUUCAAUAUUGGAGGCUAGAAGAGAACUCAUAAUCAAUUAAGCUAGCCAUUGAUACUUCUUCAUUAAAUGAAUGCAUUGUGACACCUAAUGGAGAAUAUAUUGUGACUACAAACCUCAGAACAAUGGGGAUGGAAAUCUGGAACACUAUAACAAAGUCAUGUGUUACAAAAUUUUAAUAUUCAUUCGGAAGGUAAAGAGCUGUUAAUUGUACUCAUUCAUCAUCCUACAUAUUUUUCUAAAGAGAACCAGGUGAAAUGAUAAGGUGGUCCACUAAAACUCAAUCUGAUUCAGGUGUUUACAGCCAUUCAGAUGAUAUCAUAGAUAUUGUGAUAGACUAGGCUGACUAAUUUUUAUACACUAUGGGAUAUUAAAAAGGAAAAUUCUACAAAUGGGAAUUAUAAUCUAUGACAUAGCUAAAUAUCAUUGAUUUAGGUAAAGGCUAUGAAGGAUUAGUAAUAUCCCAUGAUGACAGAUUUAUCAUUGCUUCAGACUUUGUAUAAAAGAGUCUAACUAACAUCGAUCUAAAAACUGACGAAAUUAUCUCAGUCAGAGAUAACUAGCCAUAUAAUCCAGCAACACUAACAAUUACACUUGAUAGUAAGUAUGUUGCAGUUUGCCAAGGACAUCUUAGUUCAAAAUUAAUUAUAUUACAUCUAGAUACUCUAGAGAUAUAUAAAAUUCUUGAGGAACACAAAUAAAGUAAUAUAUGGUUUAUUGCUUCAACUCUCGAUGGUAGAUACGUUAUUUCUCGAAACUCUCAAGAGACUAUUAUUUGGGAUGCUUAGAAUUUUCAUUGCAUUUUAUUUGUAGAAGAAAAGUUCAUUUUACUACUUUCAGAGCAUAGGGUAAUGAGAGCAUUUUUGCAUGAUGGCUUUUUUAAAAUUUGGUCCGCUUAAACAGCAUCUUAGCUUUCAGAUGAUUUCCCUUCUGCAGAGGAAAAUACUGUAGGAGAAAGUGAAGAUUCUAAAAUGCAACUUAGAAUAACCGGGCCUAUGAACUCUAUUGCACCCCUAAUAAUUUAAAGCAUGAUAAAGGCUGUAAAAAGCGAAUAAAAGCUAUUUGUAACUGCUCUUAAGGAGAAUUUUAUUAUUCCUUAUAAAAUAAACAUUUUGCAUUAUUUUGCUUUCUUUAACAAUCCUGAAAGUCUCACUUAAUGUUUGGAGUAAGGAACAUAAUAUUCAAGAGAUAGUUCUGGUAAAAGUCCUCUUGAAUACUCUAUUGAAAGAAUGAGUCAGCAAGGAACAGAUAUUUUGCUGGAUUUUAUAAUGAAGAGAGAAAAUGUAUACCAAAAGAUGAAGGAGAGUGAACUUAUUCAGCUUGUAGAUUUUAGUCCAAGCAAUCUCCUAAACUUUUUUGAGAAUUCUGUACUAGUUGAAGAAUAGAAUGUCCCUCCUUAUGGAACUAUCAGGGGAGUUAGUUGCAAUUUCAUUUUAACAAAAGGACCUAUUCUUUAAGUAGAUGAUUGUGAAUUCAUGCUAGAUUAAUCAGCAAAUGAAUAAAAAUAAAAACCUUUGCUUUUUAAAUCACUAAAAAUCUAGUAUAAUUUGGAGCCUGGAUCAGUUAGUAGCAUUCAACUUCAUUAAAGCUUAUAAGAUACAGCUAUAUAGGGUAUUUUUACUUCAGAGGCUAUUAAUAGAAUCUUGUAGUAUAAAUGGAAUUUGGUUAAAAAUUACGCCUAUUCAUAAACGCUCAUCUAUUUUGCUUUUGUAAUUUUGAUUAUCUACCACUCAGUAUUUAAUAAAAAUAGUCAUUCCUGCAUUAUAAUGAUACUAGCUUUUGGAGGAUAUUUCUUGUUUUGGGAAGGAUUCUAAAUGAUUAUGAAUUACAGAGCAUAUGUUGGUGAAAUUUGGAAUUUGUUGGAUAUUGGAAGAGUGGCUCUGAUCACUUGGUAUUGCUUCACAGCUCUUAAGAAUCUUUCUGAUGACAGACAUGCCUUAGAUAAUAAUAAUAAGAUUGUCCUAGGAGGUCUUAACAUUCUUGUGUUCUUAAGAAUUCUACCUUACUUCAGACUGAAUUAAAAUUCAAGAGUAUUGAUUAGACUCAUAAUAGAAGUUUGCAAAGAUAUGUUAUCUUUCACUCUACUUUUGAUAUUAUGUGUCCUUGGCUUUGCAAUCACAUUCAACAUUAUUGAGUCAGAACACGGAGAUGAAUAAACUUUAAGUUCAAAUCUUGGUCAAUAUUACAAAUUAAUCUUUGGAGAUUUUGAUUUGCUUUAAGAGGAUGCUUCAAAUUCUUCUUGGUUAGUUUUUAUUGUCAGCAGCUCAUUUAUCACCUUGAUUAUGAUGAAUUUGCUGAUUGCAAUUAUGUCUGACACUUAUGAUAGAGUUAUGACUGAUAUUGCCUCAACAGAUGGAUGGGAACUAAACUAAAUGAUUCUAGAGCAGGAGAGUUUGAUGUUCUGGAAAAGAGAUAAAGGACAACCAAUGUACUUGCAUUGGGUCACUUAUACUGGAGUUGAACCUGAAUCCUUAUGGGAAGGUAGAAUCGCUGCCAUCAACCAUAGUAUUUAAGACAAAUAAAGCCCUUUAAUUAAUGAGAUAAGAGCAAUUUCAAGCAAAAUUGACACUCUUUAAUCUCAUUAUUUUACUCACUCAAGAGAUGUUUAUUUGAGAUUUGAAGAACAUAGAAAGAAAUUGGAGAGAAUUAGAGUUAUAAAUAGUCAACCUUAUCUCUCUGCUUAAAAAUUUAAUGAAUGA